ACAAAGCUGCCUGUAAAGUCGCUGAAAUGUCCAGGGGAGGUAAUAGAACAGAUAAGGGUGAUGACAGGGUGGACCUGUGUGGCCGUGGGAGCUGGUGGCUGCGAACACUGAAAGACACACCCCUCCCUGGUCUCUAUCACAUUCGAGACUUCAUUGAAGAAGCUGAACUGAACCCUGUGAAGAAAACCUAUGGGUUUAAAGGUGUGGGCAGAAAAGCUAAGACCCUGGGUGUACGUAACGGGGAAUUGCUGAUGCCUGGAACAUAUGAUUACACUGAUUCCACCCAGGAGGUUCUGAUGAACCAGGCGUCCUACUCUUUCAAAAACUGUCCUCGGCCCGACAUCGUCACCCUCGGCAUCAGAGACAAGCAUAUAAACACUUCACCGUGCGACUACGAUGUGAUGGCGAAACCAGUGGAGAAGACUCCCUGCAAGCAUGUGAUGUUUCGGUCGACUGUGCAGAGGAUCAGCUUUCCGCCUAGGGAGGGACCUGCUCCAUGUCACUAUAAUCCACAGACCAGACCUGGGAAAGGCAUCACUUCCUGCUUCAAAUCCACUUUGCCACGGCUUCAUUAUGCUGACCUAAAGACCCCAGGACCAGGAGCUUACGAACCAAACUGGAAGUUUGGCGGCCAUCUGAACACAGAGAUCAUGGACCCCUCAUUUAGUCUCUUUUUCCGCAGCAUUCCCUAGCGUGCUCUUUAUUUCCCAUAAGGCCCUGAUCCUCCCUUCAUCUUUUCUCUCAUCAGCCUACUGUCGGAUCACACGUGACCCUGCCUCAUUGAUGAC